AAAAAAUGUAUGCCGACUACAAGUCCCAUGGGGCAACACGGUUUGUCUUGUAUUCAUGACGUAUUUCCUGCGCGCCUCGCCUGGCUCUAUCUAGUAAGAAGAAGGAGCUGUUGUUGUGGUUAAUUAACUACCGUUAACUCGUCAGGGCUCAUUUAACGGUGAAUCCAUCACUGAUGUCUCAACAACCUCAACAGUCGCUGCCCUCAGCUCCAGACUCUCCUGCUCUGGUGGUCACCAGUAACGUCCAGAAAUAUGCCAUCAAGAAGAAGAAAGUCCUCAGUGCUGAAGAAGCUGAGCUGUUUGAACUCACCCAGGCUGCUGGCAUCACUGCAGACCAAGAGGUCUUCAAGAUCAUAGUGGACCUGUUGAAGAUGAAUGUGGCUCCUCAAGCAGUCUUCCAGACCCUGAAGGCCAUGUGUGCAGGCCAGAGGGUCGCUGAAAGCUGCGGGGAGGCUUCAACUGUCUCCCAUGCCACCAGCACCAGCAUCACCACCACAGCACCACCAGAGGCCAGAGAAGAGGAGUCUUUGGUCUCUGGGAAGAGCCCUAAGCCUUCCGCUGCCGCCCCCUCAGCGUCGGGCCCCAGAGCCACAAGGGUCAACACUAAGAUUGUGGUCUACGGCCCCCAAGACGCUAGCUCUCCUCACACUCAAGCAGUACGCAGUAAAGCUGCAGCGAGCCACAGUGAGAAGAGCAGGGAGGCGUCCAGCCAGCGGGUGCAGCGGCAGCCCAGCGCCACCAGAGGGACGAAGACCAAGAGCUCCGGCAGCAGCAGCUCCUCCUCACAGAUCAACUCCACAUGAGACCGAGAUCAGGUCAAUAUGACAACAUCUGUAAAUAUGUAGUUCUCUUUACAUUUAACUUAUCUGUGUGUUUUACUGUGGAAUGUGUUUGAAAGGGUUGGCUCACCUAAAUUACACAUAAAAACAAAAGGUUUUAUUUGCCUUGGUUUUGAGAUAACUGCCUUUACCUCAAUUCAAUGGAGGUGAAUGGAAUUUUG